CGGGUCUGAGUCAGCCCGGCCCGCACGAUGUGCGCUGAGGGCAGUGCCAGGCACGGCGCCGCCGAGAAGCCUCUUCCCUUCCCCACCGCCCUCGCGGGCUCCCCCGCAGCGGCGGCGACGCGUCUCCCGGGGCCCCGCGCCGGCCGGGACCCCCUCCCGCCGCGGCGGGGGGCGGCUGCGCUGCGGCCUCGGCCUCGGGCAGGGCUGCUCCGCCCUCCUCCGCCUCCCGCUCCCCGCCGCCCGGGCGGUCCCGGGGCAGCCGGAGCUGCCCCGCGGCGGAGGGCGCCCGGCGGACCGGGGGUGGCCGUGCCGCCAGCCGGGGCCGGCUCCAUCAUGUGAGGCGGCGGGUCUGCCCCCCCUGCCCCGAGCUGCCCUCUCCCGCACCAUGAGGGAAGGGGAUGCGGGGCAGCACCCACGCCGGAGACAGGUAGAGCCCGGGCGGCUCCUCCGCUUCCUCUCCUGCGUGAUCCUCGUGUGCAGCGCCCAGGUCGCGGCGCUCGCCGACUUCUCAGGUUACCUAACCAAACUUCUGCAAAAUCAUACUGCCUAUGCCUGCGAUGGGGAGCAUUUGAGUCUGCACUGUCCUCGGCAUUCAACAAUAAGUGUUCAGUCAGCAUUUUACGGGCAAGACUACCACAUGUGUAGUACUCAGGACCCUGAAACCAGGAUGACAGAACCCAUAAACUGUGUGGCACCCACCUCUUUGCAGAAAGUACUGGAUGAAUGCCAAAACCUGCGAUCCUGCCAACUCCUUGUCAAUAGUCGGGUUUUUGGACCUGAUCUGUGUCCAGGGACCACUAAAUUCCUCCUUGUCUCCUUUAAAUGCAAACCUACUGAAUACAAAACCAAAUCAGCAUGUGAAAACCAGGAACUGAAACUCCACUGUCAGGAGUCCAAGUUCCUUAUCAUCUACUCUGCCACCUAUGGCAGACGGGCACACGAGGAGAACGUCUGCUCGACAGAAGUGGAGCGCGGCCCCCCCUUUGACUGUUUGUCUUACAUGGCGCUAGAAGUUUUAUCCAAAAGGUGUUAUGGGAAACAGAGAUGCAAAAUCAUGGUCACUAGCCGGGAUUUUGGAAGUCCGUGCCUACCUGGAGUGACAAAAUACCUUAGCGUCAGCUAUGCAUGUGUUCCUAAAUUUAUCCUCACUGCUGUCAACCCCCUGGUCACCAAUAACAAGUCUUCCGUCAAACAGAACGAUGGUGUUGACCUUGACCCAAAGGAAUCAAGACUUCCAAAGAAAGAUGGAACUAUCGUUAGCAACUCCUUGGCUACAUUUGCAUACAUUAGAGAUCACCUUGAAAGAGCCGCUCUUCUGUUUGUGUCCAGCGUCUGCGUGGGAUUAAUCUUCACGCUGUGCGCUUUGGUGAUCCGUGUGUCGCGCUCGAGUGACUUCCAGAAAUUGCAAAGAAAGAAGGAUCACUUAGUGCCAGAAAGUGACGGAGUGUACGAGAACAGUGAGAAUGAGGAGGAGGAGGAAGAUUCCUCCGAUUCAGACAUCCAGGAUGAGAUAGCAGGACUUUACAGACCUUCUUACUCAGGUUAUAAUUCAACAGAGGCAGCAGAACUGGCCGAAAGGAUAGAGCGCAGGGAGCAGAUCAUACAAGAAAUUUGGAUGAACAGCGGUUUGGAUAUGACACCUCCUAGAAAUAUGAAUACAUUUUAUAUUAAUGAACAAUAAAUGGCUUAUUUUGGAUGACACCCUAGCCCUUUUUUUUAAAAAAAGAAAUGUACCUUCUGUGAAGGAACAUUUGUAUCAGUGCAUAUAAUUAUUUGUAAAGUAAGAAGAAAUAUAUGCAAUAAAAGGAGAGUUUCAAACCCUUGAAUGUCUAUAAAUCAUUCUGUGAAAAACAUGUUUAAAAGCUUCCAUAGUUUUGUUAUGUUAUGGAUUAUUUUUCUCUGUAAUUUGGGAUCAAUUGCCAUACGCAGGUUAAGGAAUAUUAAAAAAGGACAAAAAUAUUGAAGCAGCAUGACACGGAGAAACACCUGCAUUAGGACAUGGUGCUUGUAGCCAGUGAGUGUGUUGCAUCUCAUAAAUUAGAUGAGAAUGUGGUCUAAUGAUGAGAAAUAGGAGUAUUAUUAAUAGUAUGAGCAGGACAAAGCAAAAAUUAAACACAGGUUCUUGAAGCUUUUCUGCUGUUUCCUUAGCCCAACCUUUCCCUACUAAACCCUGUUCCUCUGGUAACAGUGAUCCCGAUUACAAGGGGGUUAAGUUCUGCUCCCCUGAGUCCAGUUGAUGCAGUUACUUAUAACAGACACGUGAAAGAAGGGUCUCUCUCUGGGCUGGGGGGGCUAGAAACCUAUUUGCAAACAAGUGCCUGGUAUCUCAGUGAAAAUAUUCAUGGUUUGAGAGUUAGUUUCCUUCGGAGCAGUCCUCUUGAUGGUAAUGCAACAGCACCUGAAGUCUGGCACACUUUGGCGUGGAGAGAUUUCAAAAUACCUCUCCAAGUCUGCCCCUUCUUUUUUUAAAGCACGUAGGCGCCAGAUGAGGCUGGCCCUGGGAAGAAAAGCGCUGCUGAAGUGUGGACAUAAAGCCAAAAUCGAUCUGCAUCCAAGACCUUCAGUUCCCUGUUAAGGAAAAGGUCACCAUCCAACCAUUGGAAGAGACCUGCCAGAGCUGUAAUUCUGCUGCUACCUGUGCUGGCAAAUUUGUGAAGCACAAGCUCGAAAAUGGCUGUUUUCCUAAAAGACUCUUGAAGUUGACACAUACGAAGAACACUUAAUUCCUAAGGGAAAUGCUGUGUUAAUUUUU